AUGGACGCUUCCCAGUACCCUACCAAUGGUAUAAACACGACCUCGGCCUCCUACCCGUCGCCGCCCGCCAUUACGCCUCACCAGCUUCAGCACACCAACUCUCCUCUGCCUCACCAGACUCUGCCGCCUCUUCAGCCGCAGACCUCCGCGGCCAUGAACCAGAUGUACGGCAGCAACCCUCACACUCCUCGCACUCCCGCGACCCCCAACACUCCGGGCUCUGCGAACAACAUGCCUGCCUACCAGCAGCAGCAGCCCCCCCAGGCCGGACGUGGCGGUCCCUACCAACAGAUGGGCCAAUACCCUCCUCCCCCUCAGGCCUAUGGCACUCAGUCUAUGCUGCCUCAGACUACGAUGGCUUCAUCGCACCCCCAGCCCAUUGCGCCUGCUCCCGCCUCUGGUCGCGUCCCGCCUGUUCUUCGCCCCAUGCCUGCUGGCGGUGUCAUGCCUCAGCCUGGCAUCUCAUCUCCCUACGGACCCGGCUCCGUACUCCCCGGAGGUCUUGGUGACGGCGAGCAGCCUACUCACGUUGUAGGCUCCCAGGGACGUCGCGGUAUUCUUCCCAGCGCUCCCGGUCGCCCUGCGGCAACCCCUGCCGGCGUUGGUAAUGCUAAGAGCACCGUCAUUCCGGUCAAGGAUGCUGAUGGCAAAUUCCCUUGCCCUCACUGCACCAAGACGUACCUGCACGCCAAGCACCUGAAGCGCCAUCUUCUGCGCCACACGGGCGAUCGCCCCUACAUGUGCGUUCUUUGCCGCGACACCUUCUCGCGCAGUGACAUUCUCAAGCGUCACUUCCAGAAGUGCUCCAUUCGCCGAGGCAACCCGACUGGUGCUAGUCACUUGUCUCACCCUCAGGCCCAUGUCAAGAAGAAUGCCGCUGCUCAGAAGGCAGCUCUUGGUCAGGAUGGCGGACUGAACCACCUCAACGGUCUAGGUAAUAUCCCCGCUGACGGCAUGGUUCAGCCUUUUGGUAUGAUGCCUGUGUCGGAUGGAAUGGGCAACCUUGCAAAUGAUCAGAACCAGCUGUCGCGCUCCAGCAGUCUGACAAGAAUUGAUAAUGGCAAUAACCAGGACAGACGGGGCUUGACAGGAUCUGUCAUGGAUGCUCAAGGCCGCGGCGGCAGCUUCGAGCAGGCAUACAACGGCGAUGUCCCUAGCUCUAUGGCGCCCAACAUGAAUCAACAGAUGCAAAACUACAAUAUGCCCCCGGGCCAAAAUGGCAUGUCCAUGUAUGGCGGGUCAAACUCGAACCAACAAUCGGGCCUUGAUUGGUCUCAAAUGUUCCAGGCUGGUGCGCAACAAACCUACGCAAAUACAUUCACAACUCCUAAUCUUGGACAGACGCAGAUCGCAACCAAACAAGAGCCUAGUGCUGGCACCGAAAGAAUAGAUGGUCUUCCUGACCGAAACCACCACGCCGAUUCCCUCUUCUUCUCCACCUGGGGCGUACCGCCAUCGAUCCAGGACCCUUAUACCCUUAUUUCCAACCAAAUCCUCAACUUCUUUUACCCCCCUGGUUCCCCGAUUACCAACGAAAGCGCCGGUUUCAACUUAUACUUUUCGGCGGAAAACAUACGCGAUUUUCUGGAAAAGUACACGCACUUCCAUGUGCACUUCCCCAUCCUCCACACACCGACGUUCCGUAUCCUGGAAUCGUAUACUGGCUUACUUGCAGGCAUGUGCUGUAUGGGUGCAUGUUACUCAAACCGUCUCUCCCCAGAUCACGUGCGCGAUAUGAUGAACUUCCUCCGGGCGGCGUUAGUUCGCGACGUGCAUUUCUUAGCUACCACGGUGGGCAAGCAGCAAUGUGGAAACUUCGACAGUCGCUCAUCAAAUAACGGUCAACGUGACAUUGAGGAGCUUCAAGCUGUUAUGCUGCUCCAAAUUUUAUUAAUGUGGAACGGCACUCCUCAACAUCGCGAGAGCGCCCGUGACAUUUUCCCUGUCCUGGCGGAGCAGACUCGAAAGCUUCGGCUGAUGGAGGUAUCCACUACGAUACCCCUCAGUCCGCUGCACCAAAACAACUUUACCCCUCAGAACUUCGAUGUCUCCACAUUCGAUUGGGGUGUGUGGGUUGAACAGGAAAAGCGGAUACGCCUCAUGCACAUCAUCUUCCUCUGCAACUCUUCUAUGGAACUUUAUUUCAACGCCAGCUCUCAAUUAGAUAGCUUCGAGAUGCGUAUCCCGCUUCCUUCGGACGACGCUGCAUGGGAUGCACGGACGAAGAAGGACUGUGAGGACGCUCUUGGGUUACACGGUGAGGACUUGGUACGCCAGAAGAACCCGAACGGCACGCAACGCAGCAAGCAACCAGAGAUGGAUCUUGCCUUGAGGGCAUUGCUGCAUGGCUCGUAUCAGAUUCAGCCUGGCAGCACAAAUCUCUAUGGCAAGUUCAUCCUGAUCCACGCUAUUCUCUCAUUGAUUCGCCGUGCUCAACUGGAUGGCAACGCUGUAAUGAAAGGUUACGCGACGCCUCCAUUGAGCGACUGGAUGGUCAAUGGCGGAACUGAUGGAAACGGUGCAAACAGCGGGAGAGCUACUCCGGUUGAUCCCACUCUUCAGGCUAUGCCAGCUCACGUGCACGAGUCGUUCCGUAUGGCGCUGCAGAAGUUCAAAUCCAAUUGGGAUGCGGACAUGAACAACCAAUUCCCGCCUGGCAUGGCCAAGAAUGCAAGGAGAUAUGGGUUCUCCAGGGAUGGUAUUCACUUCUACUGGUUGGCGACAUAUCUCCUGAAGCACACUCGGGCAACAGAUUUGCAAAUGGGCUCAGACACUAGAUUUAUGCAAGUGAUGCAACUUCUCAAAUCAGUAAAAACUUGGGUAAUGACGGAUGGUGCCUCGCGGGGCGAGGAAUUGGGAUCGGUUGGAGAAAUCGACAAGGAAUUUGGGGUUACGAACCUAACACUCGACAUGGCACGACUUUUUAAACCUCUUCCGGCAGUGGUGGAAGAUCCAGGAAUUCCUUCUGUUCAGACGGAUAUCAGUACAGUGGCCGGCGGCAUGCUCUGA